AUGGCUUCCGAGAUGUGCCCAACGAGGUCCGAACCAACUUUGUCUUUCACACAAGGUUUGGUGGUUGGCCAGUUGUCAGUCGUGCUUUUACUUGCGGCAUUCAUCAAGUUCUUCAUUUUCGGCGACCCUCCCUCCCCCGAGGUCACAGCUUCCUUGCGGGCGACUGAGCGGCGAUCCAGAACUCUGGCACAUAAGAAGUCGUUACUGAGCCUUAGGACAGCCACACGACCUGGCAGCCAGCACCAACAGCAACCUGUACUGAACAAGAAGAAAUCGAGCAUCCUGCGGUCCGGACCGCCAACCCUUACGAUCGGUUCGAUCCUAAACAAGACAUACUACAAGGUGGACAGCCACCAGCCUGAGAGCUUGGACUGGUUCAAUGUAUUAAUAGCCCAGACCAUUGCUCAAUUUCGGAGCGAUGCCCAGCAUGACGAUGCGAUCCUGACAUCGCUCACGAAGGCGCUCAAUGGGACGUCGCGACCUGACUUCUUGGACGAGAUACGGGUGACUGAGCUUAGUCUGGGCGAGGAUUUCCCCAUAUUCAGCAAUUGUCGCAUCAUACCUGUGGAUGAUGAUGGGCUUGCCUUCCCGCCAGGCAAAGCGUCCGACAAGAACAUGGCCGAAGGCGCACGAUUACAGGCUCGCAUGGAUGUGGACCUCAGUGACAUGAUCACUCUCGCCCUGGAAACAAAGCUGUUGCUCAACUACCCAAAGAGGCUGUCUGCGGUGCUCCCCGUUGCUCUCGCUGUCUCCGUAGUCCGCUUUAGCGGCACGCUGUCCAUCUCUUUCAUACCUAGCAACCCCUCUCAGAGCACACCUACCAUGAUGAACUUCAGCUUUCUCGAUGAUUAUCGCCUUGACUUCUCUAUUCGAAGUCUGCUGGGUAGCCGCUCCCGACUGCAGGACGUGCCAAAGAUUGCUCAGCUCAUUGAGUCCCGGCUGCACAAGUGGUUCGAUGAGCGAGCGGUCGAACCUAGAUUCCAGGAAAUCGCUGUGCCUAGCCUGUGGCCGCGAAAGAAGAACACGCGAGGUGGUGAUGAUGUCAUCAUCGAGGCAGAGCGGUCAAUGGGUAAGGCUAAAGGCGUUGACAUUGGACGGGACCUAAGAGAGGAGGCGAGAAAGGAGGUAGAGGCGGAAGCUGAUGCGAGGGCGGACAGGACGCAGGACUCGCUGAGAUAUAGGCGGCGUCCACGGGCAGAGGAUGCCUUCUCCAUGCCGGGUUCUAUGCCCGGAUUGAGCCUGGAUUUACCGCCAUAA